AUGCGCUCCUUGCUCCUACCUACAGCUGCGUGGGAAUGGGAAAGCGCUGUGCCACCGCUGCUGACCUUACUGGCCGCGACGCAGCACGCACGCGACGCCCUUGUUCAACAAAGUGUGCUCUCCUCCUUUCAACUUUCGCUACUUGGGUACUCUCGUCUGCCCAUUGUUCCGUCGCUUCUUCCGUUGCUUGUAUUUACAGAGGCGUUAAUGGACUAUCGCAAAAUGUUCCCUUAGCUCCUUAGCCGCCUUCCUCUUUUCCUGACCUUUCAAAUGACCUGCUUUAUCUGAAAGAGAAUCGCGGACAGAAGCUUUGUUUGCGGCUGGUUCUAGAAGUUAGUGUUAUCAGAAACUUUUCGCGCCUCUAAGUUGUUAUCUUAUCUCGAAACACACGGUCUACAUGAAAGGCAAUCACAAACAAAUAGUUAUCAUUAUAUGAUAAAAUUAGAUCUUUGAUUAGUGAGGAUUCGGCCUGCCAUGAUGCUAAGAAAUCAGUCUUCAGAAGCUCAAUAUUUCAAAACUGUUAUACUCAGACAUUCCAUUCUUAAAUCAAAAUCAUUUUAGGGCGAUUUAAAAAAUGCACGGGUGGAAAAAUGUUAUGAGCACGUUAUUUUCACAACUACAGUAUCUUUUUUCUCCAAUCAUCUGGUUCCAAAAAAAGACCUUGGUUUGUUGAAAAGGGCAACUGAUAAAAUCUGCGACACAACUUUGCGUGCCUAGAUAUCAUCUACGUGUUCGACAUGCACGAUACCGCCAAAAGAUAAUUUUCUCGCUUUUCGAUGUUAAAAAGGGAAAUAUUUUUUCUUUCGCUGAUUCGAAAUUUCAAAAACUUUAUGUCAAGCACACUCGCUUCUCCGUUGAAAAUGGGCUGCUUGAAAACAAUCGCGUUCUUCUGACUUGUUAUUCACCAAUCGCCUCUAUUAGAUUUGCUUCCAACUGAUGAAUAAUUUUUGAUGAAAUGCAAAUUCAACCCGUGUCUAAUUAGUCAAUAGCUAUGGGCGCCGCUGUCUUUUUCCUCUCCCUUUCUUAAUUAAUUUGGGUUGGCAAAAGCUUUGAGACAAGCUCCGCGGUGAUGUUGACGAGUUCCUCGAGUUCCCUAACAAAAAAAAUGAAUGCUCUCAGAAGAAUAAAAAGGAACAAGCAGGAAGGAAAGAGGUGAGGAAGCCUAGGUUGGCUUUGCUUAAGCUUUAUCUACUUUCAAGCAAACUUCAAACUACACAAGAUUUUUUGAAAAAACAACCCCCGAUUUGUUGAAAAAUCGAGCGAACAUUCAUGCGAAAUUUCAGAAAACGGCAUUUAAUGCCACAGAUUCGACCAUUUUAAUGUCGUUUCUGAAGAACGCUAAAAAUCAAUGAGAGCAUUGAAUCGAAAAGAGAAAAACGGACGGGGAACAAAAUGAACAACAGUUGUUUGCGACAAAUGCUGUUUGGAUGGAAAAGAGGAGCCUCAGAAUACUCAAUGAUUUUACUCGUAGCUAAGGGUAUCGUGUCAGUUUGCCAGAAACGGAGCGCGAUUUGAUUCCGAAACGAUGGAAAGUUGGAAACAAUGCACUUCGUUGGGCGCAAAAUUAUAAAUUCGAUGAUCACAGAGAUCGGCCGGUUUCGUGACCAACUUUAUUUGAGAAACUCGUAAACAUUUGUGAGCAAAAAAAAAAAAGAAUUAUGAAUUAUUCCGUGAGAUAUGAUUAACAGUUUUUCAUAAAAUGAGAAAUAAGACAUAACACACGUAAAAAAAGAAAAAGCUGAGGUACAGUGCAUUUUUCAGCCUUUUAACCCCAAAUUAAAUAGCUCAUAAAAUCCAUUAUUCUGAUAUUUGCCGAUUUGAGCGCUACGCGUUUUUUUUGACGAUUGAAGUGAAAAUCAAGCAAAAUCUAUUUGAAAGCCGUCGAUAAAGUCUCAAAGAAAGAAACUCUAUUCAGGAAUGCGGAAAUGCCUUCAAAUUUUAAAAAAAGCAGCGAGUGGAAAAAGAGAAAAAUCAAGGUCAAAGUCGGCAAUAAAAGUGAAAAAAAUAUUUGGAAAGUCCGACUAAAAAGAAAAAAAAGGAAUGAAAGUGGCGAGCAGGGAUACCAUGUGGUAUAAUCCUGUACCACGCAGGUGUCCAAGAAGACGUCGGUUUACUGGCGGGGCAAGCACAUCUGGUAUUGGGCCAACACAUGUGAGGCGACUGUUUUUUCCCCCACUGCUGCUGCGAGGUUUCCGUGCCGCUGGGAACGACUCGCCUCGUUUCGCCUCACUCCUCGGGGUCACAUCUCCAUACAUAACAACCUAGUUCUCCUGUCGAUCUAUAACUACCGCAACAAUUUUGACCUAGUUGGUGUGAACUUAGCCUUCGGGCAUUUUUGGCACCUAUUAGUGUCUAGGAAGAGUUUUAUAAGAGUGCGACUAAAACUAUCGGAAUUUCGAAUCUGCACGUUGCGAAAUUAAAAAAAAAAUACUGGCACGCGGUAAAAUGUAAAAAUGAAAAAUUCUUGAGCUCAGAAGGCAUGAAAUAUAAAGAAAAGAAGUUUCAUUUAUGACGAACUUUUUCUUGAAAAUCUUAAAUUAUGUUCAUAUCCCUUUUUUUCUGUCUUCGGACUGCCGCACAGUACUUUUUUUCAUAGAAUUUUUUCUAUUUUUUUGCAAAGCAAACUUUGUUCCCGUUUUUGAAUUUCAAAAUUUCUGGAAAAACACUUUUUUUGUUGUACUCCCAUGUCUAGGUGCUCGAAAAAAAAAAUCUGAUUUGAUGGUAAACUUUCCCGUGAACAAAAAAAAUAAUUUAACAAAGAAAAACUUUCGAAUUCCUCUCGAAUUAGGGAAUCUUGAUGCGAAGCAAAUGUCGCAAACUACAAGAGUCGUCCCACUCGCGCUAUGCCAUAAUAGCUCUCAAUUGCCAGCUCGGGGGUGGAUUUAAUUUGCGAAAACGUCCCGAGGACUCGUCACAAUAGCCCAUCAUUAGAGUUCUAACUAAACCUCAGCCAAACAAUCAAAAGUCAGCAUUUUCCCAUGCCAUUUGUUACCAAGGUUUGACAUUUGAAACACGAAAAGUUGCAUGACAAAAUGACAUUUGCUCGCGCCCGUUUUUUCUGUUAUUUUCCUCAAAACUUCAUGCGAGGUGCUUCAAAAUUAUUUCAUUUUAAGUGAAUAGAGAAAAAAAAAAAUUGAAAAUAGAUAAAGUCUGGUUUCAAAAACUCUUCGCGAUUCAUCAAAAUUCUUGUUCUUCAGAGGACAUGUGAUAAGUCUUUUUCAAGUUUCGAAAUCGUCAAAGUUUGGAAAAAUAAGGUUGAAAAUUUGAUAGCAAAGAAAGAAGGAAAUGUUACAGUACUAUACUGUUGAAAAGAGGAAUUCUCCUUUUAAAGUAGAUUUUUGGCGUUUUGAAAGCGCUAAAAUCCUCAUUGCUCUCUAUUUUUGACAUCAAAUAGAGUUGAAGGCUCUAUAAAAUAACUAGAAAGCCCGAAUAUUGUUAUCAUCUGGGAUCAGAUAAGCUAAAGGUACAUUUAUGAAAAGUUUUAUAACUUUGCCAGAAGAGAAAUCUCUUUUAGUAAGGGACCCUGUACAAAUUUUCCAUUUUCGAGUUCAAUUUAAAAUCUAUAAAAGUUGGUCCAGAACAAAAAACUAUCGGUUCAAGAAAAUAAUUUCAAAGAAAGAUUGUUCGAAAAUUUCGUGACACAAAGCUGUAGUGGGCAUAUCGAAUGCUCUGAAAAUAUUCCCAUCGCAACCGGAACCAUAUGAUGAAGGCAAUAAAUAUUCAUUCUUGAUUAGUUGCCAUAAAAAGUCUCACCUCGGAAACCGCCGCUUGUUCGGUAGAGACGAUGUGAGCAGACCGAGCUCUCACCUCGUCGAACAUAUCAGCCAUAGUCUGACUGCUCAGGACUCGGAGCUUCUCGCCAAACUAACAGAGAGGGGAGCGUGAAGAUGGUUCGUGAGAUUCGAGAAGAAAAGAGGAGAUGGGGAUGAUUGUUGCCGGACGGCGGUCGUGUCCGAUUGGCUCAGUCAGUGCUGCUUCGAGCUCACAAUUGGCCUCAUCGGCACGGCAUACACACGCGGCUUCUUCCGCUGUCGCCGCGAAGCAACUUCUCACCCUCGUGAGCCAAAAGAUGCGACAAAAUGAGCGUUUUCCGCCGUCUUCGCUUGAGGGCUUGCGCCAACACAAGGCUUAUUAAUUGAGAGGAGCUGCCCGGCUCUCAAGGUUAGCCGUCGUCUCGCCGUACUCGUUCUCACACUCGAGUUCCUUGACGCGAAAAAAACUUUCUACAGUAAUCCGUGCAAAGUGUUCGAAGAUGUGCUGACUUCAUAAUUGAGUUCGUUGGGAAGUUGGCUUGCUUUCCUUUUUGAUGAAGUUUGACAACUCUCUUCCUGCUGAGAAGUGUCUGAUGAGAUAGAAGACGAAAAUAACAUGUCCGUAAUAUUGCAUUUACUACUGUGUCUGGACAAAAGCCCCUAGACAGGAUUUCGAAAAUCUUCUUGUUAGAUUUAAGUCUCAUUAUUUAUGUUGAGUCUUAAGCCAGCUGUGGAUGAAGUAAGCUUUUCUACACAGAUCUUGCUCAAAAAAUGUCUUAACGUCUUCCUUUUUGAAUUGAAUCAAAAGAUUUCAAAAAGUGAGCAUUCACAUCCUGAUCAAGCUAACAAAGCUUGAUCUUUUUGGGACGUUUGAUGUGUCUCAUUUGAGUUCAAGAAACAAAGUAAACAUCCAAAAGGAAAAGAAAUUGAAAAAAAAAAGAAAAAUCAAGCCUCAAAAAAAGCAACAAACGAAAAAAGCUUAGAAAGUGGAGCAAGUAGAAUCCAGACGUGUAUGUGUCGUGUGGGUGAGUGUUUCGGACGGGUGUAAUCGAAUAGGAUGGCGGUUAAUCCAGGCGAGCGCCCUGGGUGCCUACGAGCCUCGGCCACAAAAACAGUGGAAUGGGCGGCGGAACGACUAAGUCCUCAGCGCCAAUGGGAUUACAGCGAACCACACGUACGGCAGAUGCUACUUCGGACCGUCGUUGACGUCUUCGGAGCACUUCUCAGCGUGAUUCAUUUGCGAGUGAAGUUCUUUGGGAAGGACAUUCGCAAAGAAAAUGUUGGCUAA